CACAGAGGUUUCAGCUAUCAGUGAGGACUGAGGUGUUUUCAUCCUUGCUCCUGUCAAAGCUUUAAAGUAUAAGCUAAUUUUAUUAAGUACCAGGUCGGAAUAGUUCUAUUUUAAUUUUGUAAAUUAAUUUUUUAUCACAUCUUUUGUGGUGAUGUUAAAACAAUUUGUACGAUAUCUUCAUGCACAUGGACCCCUCUGGGCCAGUGUCAGCAAGAGUGAUUUGGCCAAGCUGCGCAAAAAAACUGGCUACACAUUUGCCAACUGCAAGAAAGCUCUGGAAGUCAACAACAAUGAUCUCUCCUUGGCUGAGAAAUGGCUGAAGGAGCAGGCUCAGACGAUGGGAUGGGCAAAGGCGACAAAGCUCGAAGGUCGAACUACUCUCCAGGGCCUGAUAGGGCUCGCAGUAAAAGAAAAUUCUGCUGUCGCCGUUGAAGUCAACUGUGAAACUGAUUUUGUUGCUAGAAACAAAUCAUUCAAAUCUUUAGUCGAAGUCAUAUCCAAUGCCUAUUUAAAGGAUGUAGCACAAUCAACAAGUUCAUCUUUAACGAAGACUUUAAUAGAUGGCAAAGAUCUCAAACAAAUUCACAGCACCGAUGGCAAAUCACUUGGCGACCACACUGCCCUUGCUAUAUCCAAUUUAGGAGAGAAUAUAACAAUUAGGAGAGGCAUGAGCAUCAAAACUCCGUCUGAUAUGUUUUUAGCUGUUUAUGCCCACCCCAAGCCGGAAAACCCUUCUGGCAAAGUCCAAUUUGGAAAAUAUGGCGCUGUGAUUGUCUAUCAGACGAGCAAAAACGAUAACAAGGUCCAGCAGUUGGUUCAGCAAUUAUGCCAGCAUGUUAUAGGAAUGGACCCUUCCAAAAUUGGCAAACUAGGAGAAGAUGAACCUUUGGAAGACAAGGACAGUGAAACAGUCAUGAUUCAUCAGGAAUUUCUUUUAGAUCCUUCAGUCACAGUAGGACAACUAGUAGAAGACGCGCAAAUUAAAAUAGUUGAUUUUAUUAGGUUGGAAUGUGGAGAAGCUCAGAAAGAAGAAGACAAAAUGCAAUUGAGCCAGUGUUAAAAAUAAAUAAAAAUAAAAUCUAAACAAAAAAAUUGUAGUACUCUACACUUUGUGGUCAAACAGAUUGUUUGGCAAAAUAAAUUCUUUUCUGAAUCUUUUCAAAUAAAAAUAAAUAGCUUUUUUAA